AUGAAGACAUCACGCAAAGCUCACUACCUUUAUACGGCGUCUUUAUUCUUUUUAAUCUUCCUAACUACAGUGUGUAUUGCCAUUUCAGCCGCCGAUGUCAUCAUUCAAGCUCUUACCGAUCGUACCGACUCGGGUCUCUUUGAUUACCGCAAUCUGGUCGUGGUCGGCGGUAGCUAUCUAGUGCUGGCCAUUGCUUCCUUGUGGUUUUCAUGUAGUCGAGUAUUGACGGUGCGAGGAUCGUUGCAGGAUAUUCCCAAGCUGUACAUUCCUAUCAAAGAAGACGAUCUUCCCAAGAAAGUAUUCAAAAAAAUUCAGCAAGGCUUUGACGAGGCUCAGCGGGUGCGUAAAGCUGCUGAACCGUUACCGGAGGAUAUCUCGCUGAUUGGAUGGGCCAAACCAGGCACGCCCAUGUUUGAGGGCGUCGACUUCAAACGAGCAAUUGCAAGAACACCUUCCAUCAUUGAGAAAGCGGUGAUGGAGAUUGACAGGGAAUAUGCGCGACCCACUUGUGUUUCCAUCCAUCAAUACAUUGAGUUUCUGAUUCAGCAGGAUCUGGUCGAUAGUCAUUUGGGCCGAGUGUAUCUGCAAGGCUACGAACGGGCCCGGUUUAGUGCGAUGCCUCUGACUCAGGAAGAGUACAUGGACAUUAUGAAACAUUUGGCCGCCAUAUUGCAUCACAUGGACUACCGAUUAGACCACCACUCUUACGAUCAGGACACCCAUCGAGGUCCCUUGUCAUCCUCGGACGACGAAGACGGAAAUGGAGGAUCGAUAAUGCAUGGAUCCGCGGGAUAUGGAUCAUCGCGCCGUGGAAGUUUUACCGGUUCCAAUAGCUCCGUUCAUACGGAUUUGCGCCGACAUCGACCGUUGAUGGAUGGCGGCCCUACCGAUGACGAUAUUGCUUCGUUGGCGUUGUCAGUGGCCACAUGGAGCUCCACGUCGCAUCACCGCAGCACAAGUUCCUCCAUUUAA